CAAAAGCAGAAUUUCGCUUUGCUCCUUUUGUUUUUGAGAGAGCAGAAAAGGAAGGGUAAAGCACAAUCUCCGACAUGGAUUUCUCAGAACAAGACGUCGACCUCUUUGGAGAAGACAACAACAACGACAAUAGUGAUGGCUCCCGCGAAUCAUCUUCCUCUCAUUCAUCUUCGUCAACGUCUUCCGCUUCAUCGUCGUCUUCGGCUUCUUCUUCCUCCAACGGCAGCGGCGGAGGCGGCGGAGACAGCAGCAGUGCUAGUGGAAGCGCUAGCAGCGGAGGAGAAGAGGAAAACGGUGAAGAAGUAAGCAAUGUUAAUAGCACUAAUUAUGGUUAUAAUGAGAAUAUCGAAAGGAGUAUUUUUGGAUAUGAAGAAGAUGAAGAAGAGGACGGAAACGAUCUUUUUGGGUCUUAUAAUGAAGUGUACUGUAAAACCCCUGCCACGAGCCCUUUCUCUAUUCCUGUAUUGCCUGUUAUUCGUAAUACUAAUAACCCAGGCAGAGGAGGUUUUGGACGUGGUCGCUGGCACAAUGAUAGAGGAGCUGGUAUCCUUGGCCGUCCUGGUUAUCCUCCUAGGCAAGGUUAUGGCUAUGGCAACAAAUUUGGUAAUGGAUAUCGUGAUGACCGCUUUGUUUCUGAGCUAAAGUUCUUAAAGAGUGAAGAGACAUUAUCUAGAAAAUGCAUUGCAUUUCAGGAACCAUGUGAACUUGCUUGCUAUAGUCGUGUAGAAGGUGGAGAUGUCUACUUUGAUGACCGCAGCUUGAGGCUUUUUAAGCGUCUUAUUACUGAAGAGAUUGGAGCUGAUCUCAAUCAAGGUUUUGAUACAUUUACUGAAAAAAAGGAAUUAGGUUCCGAGGGUUUUGGUGACCUUCUUGCUUGCAUAAGAGACAAAAAUAUCCCUCUUCAAAACAUUCAUUUUGUGACUUUUCGCAACAAUCUUAAUAAGAUAAUGGCUGCCGCUUACAUUAAAAAUGAGCCUUGGGAAAUGGGAGUGCACAAGCGGAAUGGUGUUGUCUAUCUCGAUGUGCAUAAACUGCCUGAGAGACCACGGAGUGAGUUGGAUCGUCGAAGAGGUUAUUGGGGGUAUUGUUUUGAGAGCCUUGCCACUGAAGAUCCAAGAAGUGAUGAUGGUGAAGGAAUACAUCAUGUUGAUGCCAAUGUUGAAUACUGUUCGUUGAUCAAAACCAAAUUAGGGGCUCACCGUAUUCUGAUGGGUGCUGAAAUGGAUUGCUGCGAUUCAACAGAUGAGGGAAGAAGAUUUUUUGUGGAGUUGAAAACAAGUCGUGAGUUGGAUUAUCAUACGGAGGAAAGAUAUGAAAGAGAGAAACUGCUGAAGUUUUGGAUUCAGUCAUUCCUGGCAGGUGUUCCUUAUAUUGUUAUUGGAUUUAGGGAUGAUUCUGGCCGACUUGUACGCACCGAAAGACUAAGAACCAAAGACAUCACUCAUCGAGUGAAAAUGAAGAACUACUGGCAGGGAGGAGUCUGCCUGGCAUUUGCUGAUGAGGUAUUGUGCUGGCUUUACGGAACAGUCAAAGAGAACGAGGACUACAUACUGCAGUUCGCACCACCAUUCAACCGGUUAGAGCUUCUACAAGCGCAGUCUUGCCCCAAUGCGAUUACUAACCACGUCGAACAAUUGUAGCCGUUGGCGGGCAUCUUGUUAGUUUGUGAUUCAGAUAGUUCAAAUACAGGAUUAAAGAGGAUGGUUUAUCUUUUUACCAA